GACGUCACCCCCCCGCCGCUCCGCGCCGGUGACGCCACACCGCGCGCCCCAAUCAGGGGCGGCCGUUGGGGGCGCGGCGGGCGCUCCGCCGGGCGGCGGGGCGAGGUGCGGCGGGAGGGGGCGGUGUCCGCGGGGACGCGUCAGCCGCCGCCGCCGCCCUCGCCGCCCUCGCCGCCGCGGGGUCCCUCCCUCCGGCCGCCCGGUCCCCGCGCGAUGAGGGGAUCGUAGCGCCGCGGCGGCCUCCGCCAUGAAGCGGAAGAGCUGGGCCGAGGCGCGGCGCCGCGCAACCCCACCGCCGCCCGCGCUGAAGAGGACGCGGGGCGCGGCGCUGCGGGAGGCGGGGGUCGAGGCGGAGCGGCGGCAGCAGCUGCCCCCCGCUGGGCUGGAGACCUGCCUGAGGAUCGCGGAUCGCCUUUAUUUUGCAAUUCUGUACCAAAAACCAAAGAGUGGAGCUGCAAAUACCCAUUAUUUCUGUGUAGAUGAUGAACUUGUUUAUGAGAACUUCUAUGCAGACUUUGGGCCACUCAAUCUGGCAAUGGUCUACAGAUACUGCUGCAAGCUAAAUAAGAAAUUAAAGUCAUUUUCAUUGAUAAGGAAGAAAAUAAUUCAUUAUACUGGCUUUGAUCAGAAAAAGCAAGCCAACGCUGCAUUCCUCAUAGGCUCCUACGCAAUAAUAUACCUGAGAGAAUCCCCAGAAGAUGUGUACAGGCUUAUAUUGUCAGGAAGUGUUUCAUAUCUUCCUUUCAGGGAUGCUUCCUUUGGUACUUGCAGUUUUCAUCUGACCUUACUGGACUGUUUUCAUGCAAUAAACAAGGCUUUGCAGUAUGGUUUCCUGGAUUUUAGUACGUUUGAUGUAGAUGAAUAUGAGCAUUAUGAAAGAGCAGAAAAUGGAGAUUUUAACUGGAUAAUACCAAACAAAUUCAUUGCCUUCAGUGGACCUCAUUCAAGAAGUAAAAUUGAAAAUGGCUAUCCCCACCAUGCUCCAGAGGCUUAUUUCCCAUACUUCAAGCAACAUAAGGUCACCACUAUAAUACGCCUCAACAAAAAACUGUAUGAUGCCAAACGAUUUACAGAUGCUGGAUUUGAGCAUUUUGAUCUCUUCUUUGCUGAUGGAAGCACACCUAGUGAUACUAUAGUUAAAACAUUUCUAAAUAUUUGUGAAAAUGCUGAAGGUGUAAUAGCUGUUCAUUGCAAAGCUGGUCUCGGACGAACCGGCACACUUAUUGCCUGUUACAUCAUGAAGCAUUAUCGGAUGACAGCUGCUGAAACUAUUGCCUGGAUCAGAAUAAACAGACCUGGUUCUGUGAUUGGACCACAACAGCAUUUCCUCAUGGACAAACAGGCAGAACUUUGGACAGAAGGGGAUAUUUUCCGUGCAAAGUUGAAACGAAACCCUAAAAUUGCUGUAACGAGAAUUCUGUCAGGAGUAGAUGAUAUUUCAAUUAAUAACACAAGAAACAGGAGAACCAUCCAAAAGGACAUUGAACUGUACAGUGAUGAUGAUGAAACAAACUAUUUAACACAAGGGGAUAAGCUUCGUGCUCUGAAAAGCAAAAGGCAAGCAAAAGCUCCAACUGCAUCUCCACUAGCAUGGCUCCUAGCUAUGCUGGUGUCUACACUGUGUAGCAUUGUCAUCUGGUGGAUUAUAUGUGGCUCCCUUCUGCCCAGCCUGCUAUUCUGUCUAGAUGGUUUAAGAACAUAGUAACCAUCAGGACCCCCUGAGAGAGAGCCACUGUCCAGUCCAUUACAAAGACUAGGACAGUAUGGCGUUGAAUUUCGAACAAGCCACCAGUGUUGAAGAGGAUAUUCAGGAGUGAAGGGGAUAUGGAGGGGACUUGAUGCAAUUCAAGGAAGAUCACUUUGGCUCUAUUUUUCAGCAAGAAAUGAAAUAGAACCAUCUCUUUAUUACUUGUAGAAUAAAAUGAACUGUCAACAUGUUUGGUAGAUCUUUUUCUACUGUGCUAACACUUUCUCAAAACCAACAAAAUCUACACACAUUCAGACUCAGGUGUAAAUAUUUAAGCUCUCUAUUAUAGAGAGGGCUUGCUACUAUGUAUGAUGCAUGUGAGGAAUUGUGAUGGCAAUCACUUAGCUGCUGACCACCAGAUGGUGGGGGCUUUUAAGUAUAUAAAUCUGUGUUGUCCAUUCAGACUGGGCUGAAGUCUUCACUUGAGUCUGAGAAUCAACCACAAAAGCUUUUUUUUCUAAUAAUAUUGGUACUCUCCUGUGUUGAUUGUUCUUUCUUACUUUGUAUGAAGUUUUUUAUGAAGCUGCAUUAUUGAAUACACAAUGUAACUAUCGUCCACCAAAGAGUGCUUUAUUGUCAAAGGUUGUGUGGUUUAUUUAGGAAAAACUACUUGUAAGUGAUUAACUUGUUUUUAAUAGUGGCAGCUUUUUAGUUGUUCAUAACCAAUUGCUCUUUGAACUAGUUAUAACUGCUUUAAAUCUGGUAUGAUUUUAAAGGGGAGGAAAAAAACUACCAUUUAAAGCAGAGCUGUCAUAUUGAAAUGUCGUUAAUAUUUCAUCACUGAAACAUUACUGAUUCUUUUCUUAUAAAGUUCUUUAGGUGAAACAUUAAAUUACCAUAUAUGAAAGGUAAGAAUUCCCCCUAGAUUUCAUUGGUACGCUUGGUAACAGGUGGGCAGUGCUGGUGUUUAGCUUUGUGACACUUAAUGCAUGCACAAAAAAGGGAAAAUAAGGGUGUCAUACAACUGAGGUUGUGGAAUUCAGGGGCAGGUAAAAUUUUUGACACCUAACACUUCAAGAACUACCAUUUACAUCUGUUAAAAACCAGUGUAAUUUUUAGAGGAAUCUGCCUGAGACUGAAGUUUUCAUCCCCUAUAGGACUACAGUGGUUUUUUCCUACUACUUUUCACAUUAUGACAUUUCAAAACUGAUGUACCCUUGUCGACCAGCUGAUGGUUAUAGCUGCAUAUCCCCUGGAUAAGGGAUAUGUUACCACAUAGCCUUAAAUAUGAAUCAGUUAUCUGUUGAUUUAGUGUCUUACAGUAGAAAGUGGAAGAAAUUGAGAAACAUGAAAUGUUAGUAUUGGAAUAUCUGAACUUUUUAAAGAUGCAUAUUACCUCUGUGAGAGAGGGAAGUUUACUUCAAUGAAUGUAAAUGCUCAAUGACUAGUUUCAAUCUAUAUCCUUUUAAAUGGGAACUAAGCCUUCUGUUAGGCUGGUGACAUUUGAAUGCCAGUAUAAAUAUCACACAGUGGUUUGAAAAUAUUUUCUAGCAAGAGAAUCAUGGAAACAGGAUGUGAAGUGUAAGCUUAUAGGUAACAUCUAUAUGCGUAGAUAGUCAAAAUCUGCAAAUAUGAAUACAAAUUAAGAAGAAAAGGUUUAAUGCAAAAUAAAGGAUCAUUGAAGGCUCAGACUGAAAAUAUUCUUCUGUUUUCUUCUAAAUGUCCUUUUCCACCCCCUUUUCUUCUAGAUAAAAAGCAUCUAAAAGAGAAGGACAGAUCUCAUCCUGAUAAGGCAAUUAAAAAUUCUUGGGGUUUGAAUGUGGGGUUGUUUUGUUUUGGGCAGGGGGGAUGGUUAUUUGGAUGUUUUUGGAGAUGGUUUCAGUUCAGGGGGUUUUGGGUUUGGUUAGGGUUUUUUUAGUGGGGGUUGUGUGGUUCGGGUUGGUUUUUUUGGUUGGGUGGGUUUUUUAGUAAGCCAUUUGUGUAAAAGCUUACGUAGCCACAGGUAACCACAAUAGUAGCUCUCGUGCAAAUAUGAAUCUAUGUUUAUUUUUGAACAAAAUUCUCACCUUGGAAGGCAAAAGGGAUGCAAAUAGUGAAGUGAGAACCAGAAUAAAGAUUUAGUAAUAUUUACUGUGUUUGGCUUUGCUCUUCUCUCAGCUGAGCUACUGCUUUUAGCAUCUUUUUUUUAAGCUAAAAAUAAUUGGUCUGUUUCUCACCCCUUCCAAAUCAGAAUUUGCCUCAUUUAAAGUAACCAACAGAGUCAUUAGCACUUCUAGGUUCAUCAGAAGUAAAUUUGCAUAAUGCAAGUGCACAAACAAUAGCAACUCUAGCUAAACCAAAACUGCAUGUUUGGCAUCAAUGUGUUUCAGGAUACCCCAUCCACCAUCCACUAUCGUAGUUAAAAACACAAAUGUCAAAAGGAUUUUACAUUUGAACUUCCUAAACAGCCUUAUAUGGAAAAUUAACUCAUUACCUCAUUGUGCCCCAUCUAUCUGAUUGUACUGCUUAGUUUGUUACCAAAUUUUACUACUUUGUCUAACAUUUUUAGUACACCCUACCAAAGGUGUCUUAGGUACAAGAAUGAAGAAUGGGCACAAGUGAGGAAGGAAGUGCUUGGUUUCUAGUUUUUUUCUGAAUUGUGAAGAAUUACGUGCCAAAAUGGAAUGUGUUCUGGCAGCUGCAUCGCCUUUGUAUAACAGAGCAGCUGAAUGAAGUUAUUCCUGCUGCCAUCCGUUAGGAGAUUCUCCUUAGAAAUUCUUUCCUCUUUCAAAUAUGUGACAGAUGGAUUCUUCCUCAGUCUCUUAACUCAAAAGGUACUACAUGGUCAAACACUGUAAUAUCUUGGGUAAAAUUGCUACUUUUCAUUAGAGCAUCAAAACAACUCAGAUGUUAACCUAGACCUUGUCUUUUUGCCCCAGCAUGACAGUAGAGGAAGCACUGCUGCUUUAAAGCAUUGAGAGAUUGUAGGAAAAAACCAAAAGAAAACAUAAAUGUGAUGUUCACCAGUUUAUUGCACUGUGCUUUUUAUAUUAAUUGUUUGCAGACUGUCACACGUAGAGUCUUGUACAGGCUAUCAAGGUCUAAAAUUUCUUGACUAAGCAGUACUGUUCAUCCUGAUUAUAUCUAAACUGUGUAUUUCUAAUAAUAUUUUUUAAACUUGGAUUGACAGAACAAAAGUUUAUUUUGCUGAAGGUAUUUUUAAGAUAAAGCUUCAUAUUAUCUUGUAAUAUUGAUUAGUUCAAUAUGCAUUUUUGUGUCAUUUGAAAAUACUGCAGAUUGCAUUUGAUUUUGUAGAAAAUACUGAAUAGUGAGAAGUGUAAUCAUUAAUUGUGUAAAAUUAAAAGUAAUCAGAAGGUUUUUUCUGUUUUAUUUUCAGUAUGAUCACAAAGCCAUCAUAUCUGUACCAAGCUGACUCAUAUGUACACUGAAAAAAACACAACACACUCAGCUGCCUGAAAACCUUUAAUUAAAGCACAGAUUCUUAAAACACAUAUUUUUUAAAUGUCAAAAAUAGAGACUUUCUGGCUCUACAAUUCUGGAAACUCAAACUGGAAAACAGUACCUGUAUUUCAAUUGUUGGGAUACUAUCACACAGUGAAAAAUGCACAGUAAAACAGAUCAAUGAGGUUUUAGCUAUUUCUCCUUCCUCUAUGAUUAUAUAGUAUUAAUUUUUAGAAACAGACAUUAUCUUAAAUAUUAUCUUAAAUUUGAUAGUUACCAUGAUAGCAAAGACUUCCCAAAUGAAUUAAAUUUUUAGGAACAUUGAUUUUUGCACAAGCAUUGGUGAUUUACCUAGAUUAUAUUUUUUUAAAAAAAAAAUAUAUUUAAAAAAAAAAUCCAACAGCAAAAAAUGGUGACCAACUGAAAUACUUCUUAUUGCUUUUACCUUACCUAUAUUAGAAAAUGCAGAAUUUGCACACACCAAGUGGAGCCUGUUUGACAAGCAAGUAAACUUCCACUUGUCUCAAAGAUAAGAGUUUUAUAGUUGGAAAAUCCGUGUUCUUCUCUUGUAAGGUGAUCCUUUUCAGACUUACAUGAAUGUUUAAGCACCUUUUCCUAACAAACAAGCUGCCUGAUGAGUGAAUGGUGGAUUUUGCCUGGAAGAACACCUAUUUAUGCAUUUGAUGCCCACAGGAAAACACAGUUAAGUCCUAUCAUAUAUAUCAUUGGCAGUUUUAGGAGUACUGGCACUGGGCAGAGGAGGGCAGAGGACUAAAAGAAUCUCACAGAAAAAUUGAACAGUGGCCCAAGACAAUUCCAUCGAGAAGUUAAUGCACUGCAAGAAUAAUCUCUUCACAGGAGUUCUGAGUAAAUUCAGUUUGGGUCUAUUUAGUCUCCUUUGCAUUGCAGUUUCUACAUUGCUUAUGUGAGAGUAGAAAAAAGCAUGCUAUAGCAAAAAGGAUGUGCUGUUAUACAUGAAAUCUGAGUGGUUUUAGAGAGAAACUAUGCUUUAAACCUACCUCACCAAGGUUUUGUUAAAGAAGAGAUGAUUUUCAUUUGCACUUCUGGGUUUUGGGGUUGGUUUCAUAUGGAUGUGACUAAUAAGUCCUAAAUAUGGAGUAAGGCCAAGAGAACACAGACAAGGGUGAUGUGCUUUUAAAGCCCAGGAAUGAUGGACCAGAGCAGUUGCAAAGAUGACUUUAUCUCAACUCAAAGGGAACAUGGGGUGGCCUUUGUUUUGGAUAAAUGGCUAUCCAAGUUUGAGUGGAUCAAUCAGUACUUCUUUAGUAAGAAUGAAGACCAGGCCAGCAUGGUGAGAAUGAAUACAUGAAAUAUAAAAGCCAGACAACUGCCAUAACAAUUUCAAAGAGAGCAGUGGGAUUCAACUGAUCAACACUCCCAUUCUUGACACCUGGGGACACCCGACAUAUUGACACUGAGAAUGUAUUUCAUAGGUACCAGUAAAGGGAGUCAUAUUGGUAUUGUGAUUAAUCUGUGUACUGCAAUUGCUAUAUUAAAUAUAGUAUUAUGUUUUUGUGUUUUCAGUAUCAUUUAUAUCACUCUAAACCAGAAAUGCCAUGUCACAUGAACCAUCUUCAAGUAAGUAAAUGUGGUAUUAAACAUGACACUCUCCAUCCAUGGGAUAUUCUCAAGAGCCUUGUCAAGUGUCGGACUGUCACAAAGUAGGUGGAAGAAAGCACCUAGACAGUCUGUCCUUCAAACAUUCCUGGCCCAUGUGCUCCCUGUUAAAGUCUGUCCUAGUUCUCAAGGCUGAUAGAGUCCGGACAGGCCAAGCAGCUGCUGCUGGUUUUGAUCCCUCAACUUAGCAUGUGCAGCCCUGCUGUAUAAGAGCACAGCAGCAGAUGAAAAGCUCUUCUGUGUCACUAGCACCUCCAGCUCCCAGCUCUUCUAAUCAUGCCAGCUGCUGCAGCUCAGUUACAGCACUAACAGCAUAAAGUGGCAAAUCCCGAGUCCUUGUACCCUGACGGCACAAUGGGAAACAGACCCUUGGCAUCAGCUAUUACUAAUAGCUGAUGAAAAGAAAAGCCAAAGUGAGAGUGAUGCCAAUAGCAGGAGGGUGGAUAAUGAAACAUCACUUCUUACCCUUGUGAGCUUGAUUUUGCCUCUGUCAGUGCUUUGAUGCCAUUCUUUUAAGAUGGUAGAAUAAUUCCAUUGUUUUCUAUUCAGGGGAAGGGCUCAAUCUCCUCACCAUCCCUCCUUCAAACACAGCUUUUCUCUAGACCUCCUUGUAUUUCCUCCUGAGUUCAUGUUCUACUAUUACUAGAAUUCAACCAUUCUUCCCAAAAUGGCAUGUUCACUGGACUGAAUCUCUAGUCAGUACUUACAACACAUGAUAUUUGUCCUGCUUUCAUACUUGUAGGUGCUUUUUGUCCAUCCCUUUACACUAGCAUUAUACCUAUUUUAAAGUGAACUACUAUUUAAUGUUGAUUUUUUGAGUUUUACCUCUUCCCCUCACUGAUCAGACGUUUCCAGCCUCUGGUCUUUUUUCAUGCUGCUGGCAACUUCACUGAAAAGAUCACUAGGUUUUACUUUUCCCACAAAAGCUUCUAAAGUUCCAAGUCUUUGCCAGAACUCACAAAAACUCUGAAAAGAAGCACUCAAUCCAUAUGCAACAGAAAUAUAACCAAACAACUAACAAGUAUGGAGUUCUUGGAUCAGAGUAUGUCAGCUUAUUAUAACCUUGCUGUAUUUUUAUGUUUUGGCAGAGUUAUCCUGCUGAUUUAAUUAUAGUAUGCAAAAUUCAGUAUCUUUCAUUCAAACAGUAACUACUGUACAAAUCUCAACAGAGGAACUACUACUGCUAAAAGCAAGAAACAGCUUAUUGAAUCCUGCUAUCUACCUGUAAAACAUCUGUAGAGACAACGAACACAUAGUAUGAAUAGUCAUACUUGUUAGUUUUACUAGUAACUAGUUUAGUUAGCUAAACAGGGAGAUCAGAAAUUUUACUCAAUUUAUUUAGAGCUGGUUCAUCUCCAACAUAACACUAUCAUGAAAUGUGAUGCCAUAUCUAAGGCUGCACUGAAGACACAGCUAUCUGCAACACUUGUAUCACAAAUUUUAAAAGCCAGUUGUUUUCAGAGAAACAAAACACUGCUGAACAUAUAAUGUAUUUCAAGUUACAUUCUAAGCAACAGACAAAAUGUAACAGUUAAUUCUUCCAAAGACUGAAGGCUGCCCCCCUCCAAGCACCAACUGUUCAGUACUUGCUCAGCAUGUCCUACUUCAAGAGAAAAAGCUCUGAUUUCAUGCCCCUUACUCAGUCAUUGAAAUGUACUUUUUAUGCAAAGAUAACCAUGUUUCACAUUCAAUUGUUGAUCCACUGAUAAUGAGUCAGCAGCAUUGCACUGCUUCCAAUAUUGUGUGUGUGUAUAUAUAUGUAUAUAUAUGUAUAUACAUACAUAUAUUUGGGGUUUAUAUGAAUGUAUCUGUAUAUGCCUGUGACAGCUCUGGGUAAAAAAAAAAAAAAAAAAGAAAAGUUAUGUGAAAAAUGUUUAAUAUAAGAUUAAGAAUAAUCUUAAUGAUAUAAAUGGACUUUUUGGGUUUGGGCCCCAAGCAUACUUAUACCCUAGGGCUUUUUUUCAUACAAAAAAAGUGUAACCAGCUGAAAGCUCAUUUUCUGGGCUCAAAUGCCCAAUAUUCCCAUUUAUUAACUCAGUUUUUAGUUCUGAGUCUUUUUAUUCAUUCUUUGGUAUUCUUAUCUUAUGCACAGACAUUUAUCUCCUCUUUCUUCUAAAGGCACUUUCAUAUUAAUAUAAGCUAAAUCCUAAACCAUAGUACUGCAUAUAAUUCAACUGAAUAACAUCGUAUCAGCACUACCAUAUGUAAGUGAUAGUCAUGGAGAGAGGUGAAUUCCUUUCUUUGUAAACUUACGGCAACUUACGUGAAUCUAAAACUUAAACCUGAAAUGCAGCAGUUUUUCCUUGGCCACUCACUACAUUAAUCCAAAGAGUAGCUGGGAGUAGUGCAAUAAAGAAUAACAUGACUAAGAUCUGCAACACAAUUUAAUCUCUUCUAAAUAUGCAUGCCAUGUUCUACUAGUGUUUGUGUACAUAUAUAUACCUGCUGCCAACUGCUUUACGUGAAGGAGUAAAGCUACACCAGGAGUGACAGCAGCAAAUCUGUGCUUUACAGAUACAGCUAUUUUGAUACCUUAAAUAUGACAGAUGACUGAGAUUCACAGUUCUGUUAUCACAGCUAGGCAAAGGAACAGCAUCACUGUCAUCACUUACAAUUAAUAAUUUCUUUUCUGUACUUGGAUAUACCAUCAACUCAAGAAACUCUUAAGCCAUAUUCAAGUCUGACAGACUGAAAAAUAAAAUUGUCACACAGCUCUAAGAAACUUCUGGUUUAAGCAGUAAUCCAUUACACUAAAUCUCAUUCUCACAAAGUUUUGAAUUGGAUGAGUUGUAUUUUUUAGUUUUGGUUGGUUGUUCUGUUUUUAAUUAAAGUCUUGUAACCAGCCUUUUUUCCUUUUAACCAGGAGUUAAAAAAUCUGCUGACCAAAAGUGGAUUAUACAGAUACAUUUUCACAAGUCCUUUACAGCAUUCCCCAAAUAACCUAUUUGUCAUUCUGUUUUGAAAGGCAGAUCAAAGUUAGAGGAAUAAACAGUAACUUUGCAACAGCAGGGAAGAGAUUGAAAAAUAAAACAAUUCUCUCACCCUUCCCAGAGAACAGUCAGUACUAAACUGAAUGCAUCACAGCAGACUGAGCUUCCCAGCACAGCAUAGCAAAGAUUUAAAUUUAUAGUAGAGAAAGGGAGGGUUACUUUUAAGUAUAUGAACACCUUCCUUAGCAAAAAGAAGUCUUAGUAGGAGAGAAGGCCACAUUCAAAAUAUGACAGGAAAUAGAAGGAAGCCCUGCAAAGAAGCUCUCCACAUCUCUAUGCAUACACUCACCCCAGCAAGUAAAAAUAUAAACAAAAAUUCAGACACAUUCUUCCCUGUCCAUUGGGAAUAUGAAAACAAGAAAGGAAGAACAAGUGAAAUAUUCCAAGAACCCCAUAGACAAAAUCACUUCUAUUCCACAUUGAUUAAAUUGCCAUUUUUGGUAGAAACAAACAACGCCCGUAAAAAGGGCAGCAUCAUGUAAAUCUUAAACUGCAGUGAUUUCAAACAACUUACUUGUGACUACAAAGUGAAGUAGUCGUGCAUUAUUUCAUCCAAUUCAGUUAUUCCAACAGUAGCAGCAUAGGUUCCUCUAACACCAGCACUUUGCUUUUGCACAUUCUUCCUACUACAAGUCAGAGCAUCUCUAUGCCACUACAAUGAACUUCUUGCAGAACACAAAAUCUCAUAGCAAAUUGUCAUGUAAGUAAUUUAACAAUGUAAAAAAAAACCCCUUUGGGCUGAACUA